AUGGCCAUUGGAAAACUUGCAUUGUUUCUGCUAUACACGUUUCUCUGUCAACUUGUUUUCUCCUCAUCUUUACCUCAUUUGUGCCCCAAUGAUCAAGCCCUUGCUCUUCUUCAAUUAAAUGACACGUUUACUAUAAAUCUUGAUGCUUCUUAUAGUGAUUACUAUCCUAAAACAGUUAAAUGGAAUAGGGGCACAGAUUGUUGUUCAUGGGAUGGAGUCAAGUGUAAAGAGACGACAGGACAAGUGAUUGAACUUGAUCUCAGCCGCAGCCAACUUCGAGGCAAGUUUCAUUCCAACAGUAGCCUCUUUAAACUCCCCAAUCUUAAAAGGCUUGAUUUGUCUUUUAAUAAUUUCUCUGGAUCAUACAUUUCACCUAAAUUUGGUGAGCUUUCUAAUUUGAGGCAUCUUGAUUUGUCGUUUUCAAGUUUUAUAGGUCUAAUCCCAGCAGAAAUUUCUCGUCUUUCUAAAUUACACGUUCUUCGUAUCGAGAGUGAUACAUAUGAGCUUAGAUUCGAACCUCACAAUUUUGAACUGCUCCUUAAGAACUUGACCCAAUUAAGAGAGCUUGACUUUGACAAUGUGAACAUCUCUUCCACCAUUCCUCUGAAUUUCUCUUCUUAUUUGACUACUCUACACCUUCGGAACACACAGUUAUAUGGGACAUUGCCCGAAGGAGUUUUCCACCUUUAUAACUUGGAAUCUCUUUAUUUAACAGACAAUCCCCAGCUCACUGUUAGGUUUCCCACAACCAAAUGGAAUAGCAGUGCAUCACUCAUGGAGUUAGUUCUCUAUAGUGUGAAUACUACUAGUAGGAUACCUGAAUCAUUUGGUCAUCUAACUUCACUGCGUACAUUGAGAAUAGUUUCUUGUAAUCUCUCAGGCUCUAUUCCUAAACUUCUAUGGGAUCUCACCAACAUAGAGAAUUUGUACCUUGGUUAUAACCAUCUUGAAGGACCAAUUUCCUAUUUCUUUAGAUUUGGAAAGAUCAGUAGUUGUAGGUUUUGCAUAUCACUUAGAAAUAACAACUUUGAUGGCCAACUUGAGUUCUUAUCCUUUAACAGAUCCUUUAACAGAAUCUGGACUCAACUUGAAUUCUUAGAUUUUUCAUCCAAUUCCAUAACAGGUCCAAUUCCUUCUAAU